AUGAGCAUCCCAACUUUGAGCGAUGAAGAUAUGCAAGACCCAGCAAAGGCAGCACACCAAUUGCUGACACAUUAUGAAACCACUAUAAGUAGGCUACCCGCCUACGUGCAAGGCAUUUUGCAAGCCCAACCCAGCAACAACACGCUGACUGAGAUAGCUGAUGUGGCAGACCGAAUCGCGGAAACCAUUCCUCAUUCCGUUCAUUCCACUUCCGCCACAAGUCAAACCAGUCCACCUCCUUUAGUUCACCAAAUCACCAACCCUGCUGACCCCUUUACCGACAUUAAAGAAAUGAUAACAGCCCUCAGCCAUAAAUUUGACCUCCUAGACGUUAAAGUCAAGAACCUGGAGAGGAAUAUCGACAGAAGUAGGAGCCGUUCCCGCUCCAAAUCUCGCUCACGCUGUAGUUCACCCAAGCCGUUCAAAUCCGAGAAAGGAUAUUGUUUCUAUCACGAGAAUUUCGGGAAAGAGGCUCGCAAGUGCCAACAACCAUGCAAAUACCCAAGCUCAACAAACGACAACGGCAGCCAAUAG